GGAGGAGGAGGAAGAACUGGCCGCGGCUGGUUCUCCAGCACAUAAACACCCGAGGGUUUCUGCAGGAAAAGAAGAAAAAACACACAAAAGGAGAUCCGAGCAUCUGAUCCACACUAACAUCGGACCAGGAGCGCAGAUCUUUUCAAAGAGGAGCUUGGACGGCAUGCAAAGUUGUGAAAUAUCUUCGGACAGCACAGAUGAUCCUCUCAGUAGCGGCUUACGCAGGCAUCACCAACCGCGAAUAGUAGUUAUCGGCGCGGGCUUGGCCGGCCUGGCAGCCACCCAAACCCUCUUGGAGAACGGCUUCACCAAUGUCACGGUGCUAGAAGCGUCGGACUGCAUUGGAGGCAGAGUGCAAAGUGUUCAAUUCGGUAAAGCUACUUUGGAACUAGGAGCCACCUGGAUUCAUGGUGCUAACGGGAACCCAAUCUACCACCUGGCUGAGGAUAAUGGACUUCUGGAGCACACUACGGAGGACGAGCGCAGCGUGGGCCGCAUCAGCCUCUACGCCAAGAAUGGUGUGGCCCAUUACCAGACCAACAGUGGCAAGCGUAUCCCCAAGGAUCUGGUGGAGGAGUUCAGUGACUUGUACAAUGAGGUGUACGAGCUGACCCAGGAGUUCUUCCAGAACGGGAAGCCAGUGGGCGCCGAGACGAAGAACAGCGUGGGUAUCUUCACACGCGACCUGGUGCGCAAAAAGAUCAUGUUGGACCCUGACGACUCUGAAAGCACCAAGAAGCUGAAGCUGUCCAUGCUGCAGCAGUACCUCAAGGUGGAAAGCUGUGAGAGCAGCUCCGCCAGCAUGGACGAAGUGUCCCUGAGUGAGUUUGGAGAGUGGACGGAGAUCCCUGGUGCUCACCACGUCAUCCCUGGUGGCUUCAUCAAAGUGGUAGAGCUGCUGGCCCAGGACAUUCCGAGCCGCGUGCUGCACCUCGGAAAACCUGUCCGCCGCAUCCACUGGAACUACAGCGCUCAGGACGCUGAGGGUGAUGCCGACCAAGCUGACCACAACCAGGAUCAACGACCCAGGUUGGCUCCGGUGCGCGUCGAGUGCAAAGACGGCGAGUGGUUCCUCGCCGAUCAUGUGGUUGUUACGGUCUCGCUGGGUGUCUUAAAGAAGUCCCACGAGACCAUCUUCUCUCCGAGCCUACCCCUGGACAAGGCCCUGUCCAUCCAAAAGCUGGGAAUCAGCACCACGGAUAAGAUCUUCCUGGAGUUCUCCGAGCCCUUCUGGAGCCCCGAGUGCAACAGUAUCCAGUUUGUGUGGGAGGACGAGGCCAACCUGGAGAACCUGGCUUAUCCAGAAGAGCUCUGGUACCGGAAAAUCUGCAGCUUCGACGUGCUUUACCCACCCGAACGCUACGGCCACAUGCUGAGUGGAUGGAUCUGCGGAGACGAAGCGCUGCUCAUGGAGCGCUGUGAUGACGAAACCGUGGCUGAGAUGUGCACCGAGCUGCUCCGCAAAUUCACAGGGAACCAGAACAUUCCAAAGCCACGGCGAAUCCUGCGCUCGUCGUGGGGCAGUAACCCCUACAUCAGGGGCUCGUACUCGUUCACCCGCGUGGGCUCCAGUGGGGGAGACGUCGAGCGACUGGCCGAACCUCUUCCUUACAACAAGAGCUCCAAGGCUCCGAUUUGGCCAUCUUUGAGGUGGUUCCCAUGGGCAAAAACUCAUGAAAUUUGGUACACACAUCAGUUCUGGCCACCGGUACUCAGGAAUGGAGGCUUGGCCCCAUGUGUGUCUGGGGGACUCCAUAGCGCCCCCACAUGUCAUUGAGACUUUGGUGCCCCCAGACCAACAAAAUUGUAAUGUACAUUGUAUUAGCCAUACUCAACAGGAAGUGAGUUAUUUUAGUUUUUUUUGCAUUUUGGCACGUCUUACAUUUUGCCUUUCUCCUCCUAGGCUGUUUGUUGGAUUCAUGCCAGAUUUGGUAUACUGAAGGUGCUCGGGCCCUUCAUCACCGCUUGUGGCUAUAUUUCUUCUUAUUAUUACUGUGUCAAAUCAGAUUUUCGUUCAGUAAAAGUCUUUGAGAAGAUUUUCUUUCCAUUUAGGCUGCCUUAGAAACAGACAAACACUGUUGCUCUUCCAGCAUUAGUCAGUGUUUUGCUCGCAUAAACUAGUAGAUACUGAAUGUCUGUUUCAGCUUUCCGUUUCACAGGAGUCUCUUUGAGAUCCGAAGUCACUGUAGUCACGAUCGAGAACAAUUAACACACACAGAAACCUCUUUAAAUAUCUCGCAGAAUCAAGUGUUUGUCAGUCUUCACUCUUGCUGAGGAACGUUCUGGUAUUUUGUGAUUCCUGACAGGAAUUUCAGUCAGUGACCUGCUUUAAAGCGACUGGCGGUGUUUAUACAGUAUACAUCUUUGGCUGACAGACGUCACUCAGCACGGACCAGAGUGAGAUGAUGAGGGUGAACUAGGGAUGGAUUUCUCUCUCUCUCUUUUAUUCUCUCCAUUUUCUUCAUCCUCACACUGACAUACUCGAGCACUUAUAGGCAACCUGUGCCUCCAGGAAUAUGUUCUGUACAGACAGAAAUCAGUUUUCUGCUCCUGAAGUGCAGUGCUGAACAUAAACACCACCAUCUAGGCACAAAAUUUCGAACAGUGUGCUCCGUUUAGCUAAAAAUUAACAACGAAGCACGUGAUUAAAAAUACAAAAAGAAACUCUCUAACAUAACAUGUAUUGUACUCUUUUUUCCUCAGAUGCCCCAAAAGUGACUAAAUUCAAUCAACAAAGCAUGGAGUUAUGAAUGAUUAUGCAAAUUUGACACGUCCCCUUGACUCCUGCAGUGAGUUAACUGUUAGCAGUCUAGCUAAUAUUUUCGCAGCGUUUUCAUGUCUCAGUCUUGUGUCAUAUUCUCAGUGAUUUAUUGAACAACAGGCAAAAUAUAUUUCCAUAGCAAUAUUGCAUGUUACCAGAGCAACCACAAUUUUAUUUGCUGACAUGAAGCAUUACCUCUGUGCCUGAAAAAAUUUCCAGUUAUCACAUCAUCAUUCUUGACUGUGAGACAGGUUCAAGCAGUCAAGCUUAUUUUGUGACAUCAGAAAAAAGUUAGCUCCGCCCUGAAUUAGUUUUAUACACUACCGUUCAAAAGUUUGGGGUCACCCAGACAAUUUUGUGUUUUCCAUGAAAAGUCACACUUUUAUUUACCACCAUAAGUUGUAAAAUGAAUAGAAAAUAUAGUCAAGACAUUUUUCUGGCCAUUUUGAGCAUUUAAUCGACCCCACAAAUGUGAUGCUCCAGAAACUCAAUCUGCUCAAAGGAAGGUCAGUUUUAUAGCUUCUCUAAAGAGCUCAACUGUUUUCAGCUGUGCUAACAUGAUUGUACAAGGGUUUUCUAAUCAUCCAUUAGCCUUCUGAGGCAAUGAGCAAACACAUUGUACCAUUAGAACACUGGAGUGAUAGUUGCUGGAAAUGGGCCUCUAUACACCUAUGGAGAUAUUGCACCAAAAACCAGACAUUUACAGCUAGAAUAGUCAUUUACCACAUUAGCAAUGUAUAGAGUGGAUUUCUGAUUAGUUUAAAGUGAUUUUCAUUAAAAAGAACAGUGCUUUUCUUUCAAAAAUAAGGACAUUUCAAAGUGACCCCAAACUUUUGAACAGUAGUGUAUAUUAGUUUUAUUAGUAAUAUUGAGAACAUGUCUUAAAUUUGAACAUCUAAUCGAAGUCUCAGUCUUGAUCAGUUAUGGAUUCUGAUUGGUCAUUAGGAUAUGAUUAAUUUUCUAGAACAGCAGCUCAGACUGUAGCGCUUCCACAAAUUACACAUUUAUUCAUGAUUAACGCACUCAUUUGAAUUCGUCAUCAUUUUGUACACGGUAUCGUGCUGUUAAAGAAAAUAAUCGACUUUGCAGCAGUA